AUCGUUUAUAUCUUAGUUAUGUUAAUUAAUUUAUUACAGUAACUGUUAGCUGCUACUGUAAACUAGUUGUGUUUAGCUGCUGGCGUAAGCUAUAUAAUACGCACGCUAACAUUAGCAGCUCGCGAUUUUCUUUUACAGAUUAUUACAAUAACUGUUUGCUGCUACCGUUAGCUACUCGCGGUUAGCUGCUAACUUAGCGAUAUAAUGGGCGAGCUAACAUUAGCGCUAACGUUAGCGAUCGCUAGCUGCUAACAUUAGCAGUUAGCGAUCGCUAGCUGCUAACAUUAGCAGCUAGCGAUCUUUUUAAGACAAUUAUAUAAGACAAAUUAUAUAAGGCACAAAGUCUAAUAGUCUAGAAAUGUAUAAAUACAAAUGAAAUUAUAAAUCUAUAAAUUUGGUCUAGCCUUUCGUCUAAGUUUAUAAAAAAUACCCAUCUUUACAUGCUACUAUAAUGAAAUUAAACUGUAUAUCAACUCCCUAAAAUUGAAAAUGAAAUCCAAAAGUGCUUAAGAGCUUUAUAAAUUAACUCUUUAACUAAUUAAGUGACCUCUUUUUUUAUCUUUGCUUAAAUUAGAUAAUUAAUAUCAUUAUUAAUUCAAAUUAAACAUGGGAAAAGUGACCUGAAAUUACAUCUUUUGAAGUUUUUUGAUAAAUGAAAUUAACUUGACAUUCAGUAUGGGAAAAUAAUGAUGUUAUUGAUCUAAUUAAAGCAAAGCUAUUUCAUUUUUACACACAAACAAACGCAUAAUCACACACACCUAUAACCUGAUAGAGAGAGAAGAGGACAACAUGCCAUAAACCCAGGGGAAACACUACUGUUUGUUUUCAAUAAUUGUUUUAUGUAUAUCAGCAGUUAGCAAUCUAGGCAACUCAUGACAAUAUAAACUUGACUCACUGAACAAAUCUCUUAUAUCGUAUGUGUAGUAAUAAUUAAAAAUAUUUUCACAGAGCCAUUAUGUCCAAAAGGAGGAGAAGGAUAAAGCCUGUAGAUGAUGCAAAGACAUAUAUUCUGUCUUGCACUGACAAGUCUGGAUUUAUGUCAAGACUCAUAGACAGUUUCAAAGGAAGAGGAGUGUUUGCUACGCAGCCCAUUGAACCAGGGGACUUUGUUUUGGAGUACAGGGGUAAACUCCUCACACAGGAAGAAUGCCGGUCACUACCGUACUCAGAGAUUGACUCCACAUUUCUCUUUGACUUUGAGUGGCAGAACCGUCACUUGUGCCUUGAUGCAUCUGAAGAAGAUGGAUCUCUUGGAAGAUUAGUCAAUGACAACCACAAAAAUCCAAAUUGUGUCAUGAGAAAAAUCAUAGUAAACAACAAGCCGCACUUGUGCCUUUUUGCCCUGAAGAAAAUAGAGAUAGGAUCUGAAAUUGACUACAGCUAUGGUGAUGCAAAAUGGCCUUGGCGCAGUAUGGUGAAGACUCCUGCAGCAACAGAGACAGAGACCAGCCCUCUACCUCAGAUGUUCCACAUGGAAUCAAAGCCAGAUGAGACUAACGCACAGGUGAAAGACCCUCAGACUCCUGCAGCAGCAGAGACAGAGACCAAUCCUCUACCUCAGAUGUUCCACAUGGAAUCAAAGCCAGAUGAGACUAACGCACAGGUGAAAGACCCUCAGACUCCUGCAGCAGCAGAGACAGAGACCAACCCUCUACCUCAGAUGUUCCACAUGGAAUCAAAGCCAGAUGAGACUAACGCACAGGUGAAAGACCCUCAGACUCCUGCAGCAGCAGAGACAGAGACCAAUCCUCUACCUCAGAUGUUCCACAUGGAAUCAAAGCCAGAUGAGACUAACGCACAGGUGAAAGACCCUCAGACUCCUGCAGCAGCAGAGACAGAGACCAACCCUCUACCUCAGAUGUUCCACAUGGAAUCAAAGCCAGAUGAGACUAACGCACAGGUGAAAGACCCUCAGACUCCUGCAGCAGCAGAGACAGAGACCAACCCUCUACCUCAGAUGUUCCACAUGGAAUCAAAGCCAGAUGAGACUAACGCACAGGUGAAAGACCCUCAGACUCCUGCAGCAGCAGAGACAGAGACCAACCCUCUACCUCAGAUGUUCCACAUGGAAUCAAAGCCAGAUGAGACUAACGCACAGGUGAAAGACCCUCAGACUCCUGCAGCAGCAGAGACAGAGACCAACCCUCUACCUCAGAUGUUCCACAUGGAAUCAAAGCCAGAUGAGACUAACGCACAGGUGAAAGACCCUCAGACUCCUGCAGCAGCAGAGACAGAGACCAAUCCUCUACCUCAGAUGUUCCACAUGGAAUCAAAGCCAGAUGAGACUAACGCACAGGUGAAAGACCCUCAGACUCCUGCAGCAGCAGAGACAGAGACCAACCCUCUACCUCAGAUGUUCCACAUGGAAUCAAAGCCAGAUGAGACUAACGCACAGGUGAAAGACCCUCAGACUCCUGCAGCAGCAGAGACAGAGACCAACCCUCUACCUCAGAUGUUCCACAUGGAAUCAAAGCCAGAUGAGACUAACGCACAGGUGAAAGACCCUCAGACUCCUGCAGCAGCAGAGACAGAGACCAAUCCUCUACCUCAGAUGUUCCACAUGGAAUCAAAGCCAGAUGAGACUAACGCACAGGUGAAAGACCCUCAGACUCCUGCAGCAGCAGAGACAGAGACCAACCCUCUACCUCAGAUGUUCCACAUGGAAUCAAAGCCAGAUGAGACUAACGCACAGAUGGACAGUGGACCAGAGGUUUCUCGUCAUUCGUGCGAUUCAGAUGAAACUGUUCUGAAAGAAACCUGUGAUGAGGCUUCUCCAAACAACCAUUCCAGAGAGCAAUCAGAUGAUGAACUUCCACCUCUGAGACGCACAAAAAGCAUUAUGAUGGAUCGACUACAAGAUUUUGCUGGCUGUCUCUACGAUUCAAGUGAUGACAGCACAGAGGGCACUUUGAUUUCUAAGCCUGAAAGGGAUUCACAGAGGCUGAGAAGAAGCUCUCGCCAUCCUAUUCAGAUGCCUCUUGUGGAAUCAGAUAACUCUCACAUUGGCAGUGAAGAUGAGUACAUUCCAUGUCCCAAGGACGAAAGCACAGAAAGUGAUAGCAGUUUGGAAUUAACCCUGGAAAAUAAAAAAAGGAACAAAGGUGCAUCUAGUGAGAGCAGAAGAAAGUCUUCCAGUCGGAGCAAGUUUAAGCCCAGGGAGAGUGGAAGUGAGUCCUCCAAGCAGAAAAGAAGCAGGUCUUCCAGUCAGAGCCAGCUUGAUUUUAGCCAGAAGAGACCCUUUAAAACAGGUCAUGACCCCACACAAAUAUUUCCAAAUAGCAGAGUUGAUGGUAAUGAAAAGAAAAUAGUUGCAACAUAUUCUAAAAAGGAUGCGAGUGUUUCAAUGCCCCUGGAAGAAGAGCAGUCUAUGUAUAUCAAUCCAGUUUUAAAGAAGAUGGAUGGGUCUAGAAGCUACAACAAAAAACAUUUCUGCUUUUAUUGCAGAAAGUUUGUCCAGAAAAUGUCAAGGCACUUGUGGCGUAAACACCAAGAUGAAACAGAUGUUGCAAAAGCAUUCAGUUUGCCAAAGAACUCAAAAGAAAGGAAACUGCAGUUGGACUACAUACGAAAUAAGGGCAACUUUGAGCACAAUAGUGAGGUUUUGGAGACACAGAAAGGCAAACUCAUCCCAUGGAAGCAACCACAGAAAAAAUCUGAAGGACAGGAAUUUGCACAUUGUAUUCACUGCUAUGGUUUGUUCUCAAGAAGAGCAAUGUGGCGGCAUUUUCAGGUUUGCAACUUCAAACCUGAGAGUAGUAAACCCGGUAAAACUCGUGUUCUUUCUUUGUGUGCUUUCGCUGAACCUGCUCCACCUGGAUUUAAUGAUGCUUAUUGGAAGUUCUUAAGUGUUAUGAAUCAAGACAGGAUUGCAGUUGCUAUUAAAGAAGACCGCUGUAUUCUUGAAUAUGGUUACAGACUGUUCAGGAAGAACGAGAAGGUGGUCAGUCAACACCAGUAUAUUCGGCAAAAACUGAGAGAGCUUGGCAGGCUGUUAUUGAAAGCAAGACAAGUUACACAUGUGAAGACCAUCCAAGAACUCAUAAAACCUGAACAGUACAGUCAGGUGGUCACUGCUGCAAAGAGCCUAUCUGGAUUCAGUGAGCAAACUGGCAAAUACCAAUGUCCGUCUCUUGCUCGCAAGGUUGGACACAGCUUGUAUUCUUUGGCCAUGUUUAUCAAGUCCGAAGGCCUGAAAAAGAAAGAUAAACAAGCUACUCAAGAUGCUGAGGAGUUUGCGCUGCUUUAUCAAGAAAGUUGGAGAUUUGACAUUGCAAGCCAAGCAUUAACUCAACUUGACCAGACCAAAUGGAAUGCUCCUCUACUGUUACCUUUCACACAAGAUAUUCAAAAGUUUCAUUGUCAUCUAGCUGAGAAACAGCAGCAACAUUUGAAUGAUCUGCAAAAACACCCAUCACCAUCAAACUGGAAGGAGCUUGCAAAAGUUACCCUCACACAAGUUGUACUGUUUAACCGGCGGAGAGGAGGGGAAGUGUCCAGGAUGCUUCUGUCUGCGUAUCUAUCAAAGGACACAUCAGACACACAUGGUGACGUUAGCUUGGCCCUUACACCGCUUGAACAGAAGCUGUGCAAACAUUUUGUAAGGAUUACAAUUGUAGGAAAGAGAGGAAGAAAGGUUCCAGUUCUUUUAACCCCAAUCAUGAGAGAGUCACUUGAUGCUCUGACUGAGAAGAGAGAAGAAUGUGGAGUGCUGUCUGAAAAUGGAUAUCUGUUUGCAUUACCUCACUCUGUCCAUUACAUAAGGGCUUGUGACUGCAUAAGGCAGUUUGUGAAAGAAUGUGAUCACCUUGAAAAUCCUAAAGCCUUAACAUCAACAAGACUAAGGAAACAUAUCGCCACCCUCUCUACUGUAUUGAACCUUAAGACCACAGAACUCGAUCAGUUGGCAGACUUCCUUGGCCAUAAUAUUGCUGUGCACCGAAAGCACUACCGCCUUCCGGAGGGCACCCUCCAGUUGGCCAAAAUCAGCAAAGUGCUUCUGGCAAUGGAACAGGGACGCCUAGGAGAAUACAAAGGAAAGAGCCUGGAUGAAAUUCAAGUUGACGUGAAUGAGACCAUUGGCAUAGAGGGGCCUUCAGAAGAGGACAUUGAAGGAGAACAGGGGUCAGAAGAUGAGGAGAGCAUGUCAUCCCUGAACAUCUGUACCUCAACAUCACAAGUCCAAAACCAGGGAGUGUCUCCAACGGAUGUCACUAUGCCAGGACAACAGGGGUCAGAAGAUGAGGUCAGCACGUCAUCCCUGCAAGAAUGUACCUCCACAUCGCAAGUCCAAAACCAGAGUGUGUCUGCAAGAAAGAGAGGUAAGCAAGCUCCUGUGAGACGUUGGACACCAGAGGAAAUUGCUGCAGUAGAAAAACAUCUGAAGAAGUUCAUUGUGAGGCAAGAUGUUCCAGGUAAAGCGGACUGUGAGCGCUGCAUUGCUUCAGAACCGCAAGCGCUACAAAAUAGAGACUGGAAAGCAGUCAAAUAUUUCAUCAAAAAUAGAAUAACUACCAUGAGAAGAAAAUUAUAAUGAAAGCAGUUCAACGAUCAGAGGUAUGGACACACAUUUUCAGUUUGGGUCCUAUACUUUGUUUAAAUGUUUUGAAAUGUACUGUAGUUUAAAGUAGCUGCUGUGGUUUUAGCAGUCAACAACACAUUAAACAAGUACAUGUUUGGCAAAGUCAAAUGUUUGAUUAUCUGGUUAACUUUGCAGUAAUGAUUGUUUUGUUUUCCUGUAAUCAUUAGUUGCAGCAUUAGAGUCUCAAUUUUGUCUCAAGCAUGUUUUAUGUUUUUUGUGAAACAAUACACGGGCAGAUGUGUACACAAAUUAUUCAUAUUUGAUACACUGACCUUUGUGGUCCACAUUAUUUAUUGGUACAGCAAACCUGCAUUCAUUCCAUGCUAAAGACUGACAGGAUGCUUCACAGCACUUAUUUUUAGAGGAUGGAGUCAUAGAACUAUCUCUUACCUGUGAAGGAAUGCAUAGCUGCAGCAUGUAUUGGUCACUGAUGAGCCUCUGUGACAGGUCAGUAUUAAAAACAUCUUCAUGUUGUGUGGACUUAAGUUUCAUGAUUUAAUUUUUUGAUUGAUUGUCACUGAAGACCUGAAUGUUUGCAACCGGACACCAAGCAGAUGGGUCAUCCUGAGCACAUAUUAAAAAUUUCUCUACCAAAUAUGAAUGACAGUACGUUGUAGACUUCCGUGUUUGAGUUUGGCUAUAAACAAUCCUUGGUUUUUGUUCAAUUUAAAGGUCCAGUGUAACGGACUUAGUAAGACUGCUGAUUGUAACAAAAAGAGGACUCAAAGGAUGUUGUUCUUCAUAAACUAUGUUUACAUGGACACAAGCAAUUGGAAUAAAAGCCCGAUCGGAAUAAAUAUGUCAUGUAAACAUGUCAAUCUAGAAACACUGAUUCCAGUCCACAACACCACAGAGAUGAAAUCAGCAUUAGAAUACUCCUUUUUCUACCUUGUUUGUUUAUCUGGUUAACUUUGCAGUAAUGAUUGUUUUGUUUUCCUGUAAUCAUUAGUUGCAGCAUUAGAGUCUCAAUUUUGUCUCAAGCAUGUUUUAUGUUUUUUAUAUACGGACAAAAAAACUUAUUUUCGUUUUGUGUAAAAAGUAGUCAGAUGACUGACUUGUUCGCAAAAUAAAUACAUGUGCCUUCAGGAUAA